GAGCGCCACAUGUGGGCCAGAGGCAGAUAGAAGCCAGAAGCCGUGCGCGAUGGAGGCAAACUGAACCAGUGCAGUAAAGUUGAGUUAUGUAGAUAUUUGCGCAGAAAGAUUUUCUUUUUUUUCUUCCCCCUCCUCGCCGUGAUGAUCAAACGGGGCCCAUAAAUCUGAGAAGUUGGACGCGUGAAAACUUUGGCCACCGUCCCCACGGGGCCCCCUUGCACAUUUUCUCCCGUGGAACAACUGCAACAUGAAGACUGCCUGUGCGACUUUUGUGCUCCUUUCCAUUUCUGCCCUCUGCUCGGGGAGCGGACCCGAGGGGUGCCGGGGGACGCGCUGCUUCCCAGGCCAGGAGUGGAGCAGCAGACCGUGCGUCGGAGCGCACUGCCAGGGGCGCACGGAGGCGUCCGCUUCCAGAAGGCAACCACACCACGCUGCGCAAUCUAGGACAGGGCAGGUUUAUCCCAGCUACCAGCAAGACGGUCAGUUCCGCCAUCGCCACCAAGCUCAAAGCACCCCGAUAUCCUCCUACAGCGGUGUCCAGAGUCAACACGGAGGCUUUGGAACCGAUGGCACCAGGAGGACGAACCCCAGGACUAUCACGGCGGAGGUGUUUCAUCCCGGCUGCUCCGGCGGGUCUUGUCCGACCACCGUUUCUCAUCGUGGGACCGAUGAUGACAAGGGAGAGUGCAAAGGGAUUGGGUGCAAAUUGCCCCACAGGGCGAGCCAAAAGCAGCAGCAGCAGCAGCAGUGCGUCGGGAGCGGCUGCAGGACGCAUGCUGGAGACGACGGGAGGCGAGACUCUUCUCCCGUUCAAGCGACGGACAGGGCUGCACAGUUUCUCGGCGAGCUCCCGGACUUUGGCUUGGAUCGUGGAGCUUGGAUACAGCUGGCAUGUGACAUGAUGCCAGGGUCCAACGAGGUUCCAUCAGAGGACGCUCUUGUCCUGCAGCUGCAGCUAUCCAAGGGCCAGGAGAGAUUCGUCGAGGCCCUCAGGGGCCAACAGAGCGAGGUCAAGGAACUGCAGAGACUCCUCAGUGAACAGCAGGGGGCGCUCGUUAACCAACAGAGGGAAAUACUGGAGCAACAGAGGAGGAUGUUCGAUCAGAUGGAGCAAGUAAAAGCCCAGUACAGCGUUUUGAUGGACACCGUCAAGCAGACGUCCUUCCAGAACCUUCAGGAGGAGCUGGACAGUCACAUGGAAACCCUGAGUGGGCAAGUCAGACCCCAUCGAACACAACAAGCUAUGUCAUUGCAUAAAAUGGACAUGGAGGCCAGUGUGAUGGAGGUGAGACAACCCCAGCUGGCCUGUGGGAGCUGCGGUCCGGAGGAGUACUGCAGCUACAGCAGCAGACAUCCUGGCUGUGAAAAGUGCACGGUUUGCCCUCCUGGCUUCUUCCUGGUCGCCCAGUGUUCUGUCCAUGCUGACAGGAUCUGCCAGGACCGAGAUGAAUGUCUUGAAAUAUCAGACUUGUGCAGAGAUAAACAGAAGUGCAUUAACACUCCAGGCGGAUUCAAGUGUCAGGGUAUGACGGUACGUGACGCCAACUCUGGAAUGUGUGGCCACGGCUACUUCUACAACUCUGAGAUGGAUGAAUGUCAGGCCUGCAGCGAGUGCGAUGGGGAACCAGUUGUUUCCCCUUGCACCUUAGUCACAGACGCUGUCUGCUCCGGCUCCGUUACCGAUGUUCCUGCUUUGUCGCUCUCCUGGUCUGGAGACAUAAGUCUGAAGGGUCCAAAAGGCCAGAUCCUGGGUCAGGCCUUCCCCAGCGCGCAGCUUCACAUACAGGGAAGAGACGACAUGGGUCUGGUUUCAGCUGAGGAUGGGCAGAUGGUCCUAAAGCAGCACGGUUUGGUCUGGCUCGAUGGAGUUCUGUCGCUUGGUCACGGCUGCCGUAGCUUCAUCCAGGUCUGCCUACGUGUAAACCACACAGACGGGUCCGACGGCCGUGACCUGAGCGGCAUACGGGUGGAGCACCAGGAACGAAGGUCUCUUCAAGGCGUCAGCAUCAGUGGGGUCGCGGAAGUCGCCCCGGGUCACCUUAUGUCCCUGUUUCUUCGGAGCGCCAGCCAUCACUGCAACCAAAGCAGCGAAGGUCUGCAGCUUUACGACACCUCUGCAGCCAUGCUCUCCCUCCUCUGGCUCUCUCAUGACACCGGGGCUGUUGCCAUGACAGCACAGGCCGUGGUUUCUGCACAUUACCACACAAAUUACCGCCCGGCCUUCCGCAUCUCCUCCACCUCUGACCCCUACGUAGUGGGGCUGAGUCACGACAGUCGAGGGAUCCGUUUCGCAGAGAACGGAUCUGUGCGUUUUGUGUUCCAGCAAGCAUUGUACUCUAUGGGCCAAGCUUGUGUGAGUGACGGCUUUCAGCUGGUGGCAUAUCUCAACAAAAAUGGAACCUCCACUGAGAUGUUUCGGGUCUUCAAACCAGGGGUUCACUACCGAGACACAUCUAUAUCUCUGUCUGGAGCCGCCACAGUCAGUCCCGGGGAUGCCAUUGGCUUUGAGAUCCUCUCUCCAGCUCAGUGCAAUGUACGCUUCUUUGGCGAUGAGUCCGGCAUCAGUCUUCUCAGUCUAUUUUGGGUCCCUGCUGCCAUCUCAUCCUCUAUGACUGCUUCUGUGGCCAACACUGGCCUUCCAUCUGGAGCAGUACGGAACAAGCCUCUGUUCUUCCACCAGACCAGCCCCCAGGUGCCGCAAAUGGGGCUGUUGGGGAAAGGAUCUCCGAAUCAGAAAAAGGACUUUGUCUUCAGGGAGAGUGGCACAGUCAGUGUGGCGUUGGACCUCAAACUCAUUCACUCCUGCAACUUGGUCAAGGUGACUCUGCUGAGGCGGAGUGACUCUGAAGGGGGCCGUGAAGCAGAGGGUCUGCGGCCUGUACCCAUAGCCCAGCAGGUGGCGGGUCAGAUGCUUGAGGGGUGCCAGUGGGCCAGCUUGAGUCUACGAGCAUCCUUUCAGGUUUAUAAUGGCACAGCUGUCUUCUUCAUCCUAGACUGUGUACGUGGACGAGUCAAUCAAAUCAGUCACCAGGCAGGAAGUGGGGUGUCAGCGGUCUGGGUGGCAGCAUGAUAACAAACAGCCAGAAAGGCCAAAACCUUCCCAUAUUGAUUCUUCCUAUUUGAGUUUAACAAGAAGGCCACAAACAUUCAUAAUCUUACUCAGACGCAUUGUCAUUUAAGGUAAUAAAUGCUAACCCGAAAGUUUCACUUAGCAUUUGCAUCAAUACCUCUAAGUUAAAUGACAAAGUUGCUGCACCACAAAAACAGAAAAUAUUAUCAAGUAUUUUAUGUCUCUCAUCCAAAUAUAUUAGUACAUUUUUAAUAAGACAUAAGCAACUUACAAGUAACUUUUCAGCAAGAUCCAGGAACUUGUUUCAUGUCUGUCGUUUCUUAAUAUUGACUUUAAUAAAUACUGGCAGAUUACUUCGCAUAAGACAUUUUCCCCAUGUUAUAUGUGAGAUAAUCUACGUUUUCAUUAAUAUUAAAGAAUUAUUGACUCCUAUAGCUCCUAUAUCUUCCUGAAAAGUUACUUUUAAAUUAGUUUUUGUCUUAUUUCAAAUGUGCUAAGAUAUUUGCACUAGAAACUAGACAAACGAAACAUGGCAAAAAUGUUGUGUUUUUGCAGUGUACUCAUUUGGCUCUUGAAAUAUUAGAUGUUUCAUUUGCCACUUUUCUGGUGUGAAGCCCCUCUUUUACUCUGGGAGGUUUUGUACUGGCAAUGCCUCAAUCCACAUCCAAUGGGGAUGUUUCAUUAUUUUCCUAUAUUGUAAUCAUAAUCUAGUACUCUAAGAACAAAAAAUUAUAUGACUCAAAUAAAUACAUCUGUUAGCAGGAGGUGAA